GAGAAAAAAAGAGAGAUUAAAUUUGUGAUACUUUGUGUUCCAGAACUGUCCUCAACCACGGAUCCAAGAACCCUAGAGACGAGAACAUACCGCGUCAUCCCUUACUCGACUUCUUCCUUCCUACACUUCACUACCAUCGUAAGUUAACUUAUCUUUCUUCCCAUCUUUCAUAUUCUGACCAGCGCAGAAUCAAUUUAAUCGCAACCAUGGGAAAGAAAGGAGGAAAGAAGAACAAGAAGGGCAGCAAGCCCGUUGCCGCCGUUGUAGACGACGUCAAGGACGUGGUUGAACCCGAUCACGAAACCGAAGGCCAGACUGAGACCGCCGAGCAGACAGUGGCGCCCGAGACUGCGACACAGCCUACUGAGACCGUCGCCGAGCCCAUCAAGGCGCCCGAGACCACCCUCGCGACCGAGGCCCCCGCAACUGAGAUCCCAGCUGUGGCGGAGACCAAGGAUGUGGAGACCAAGGAGGCCGUGAAGGCCGAGAAGGCUCCCGCGACAGAGUCAGUGGAGGAGGCCGUGGAGAAAGCGCAGGCCUCCAAGAUCGGCCAGUUGGGCGAGUUGGAAGCUGGCGCUGCCGCAGGCACUGCUGUCCUCCCGGAGACGACCACCAAGGAGCCCGCGGCUGCGACACUGGUCGAGCGCCCCAAGACCUCGGAAUCAACCGCCGCCCCUACUGUCGUUGCGCCCGAGGCUAUUGCUGCCCCCGCCGAGACCGAUGCUGCCCACCCGAAGCGCCCGUAUGAGAAGCCCAUCUUCAACAACGAGGAGGACUUGAAGCCCCACAAGAUGCCCAAGACCGACGAGGAGGCGCUCCCGGCUAGUGUUGCGGAGGACAAGAAGACCAUUGAAAACUUGGCCGGUGCUGGACCCGCUUCCACUGCUGCGUUCACGACCCCGGAGCCCGUACCUGUUCAGGAUGUGGCACCCAAGGUUGCUGAGGAGAAGAUUCCCGUCGAGUCUGCCCCCAAGCCCACCCCUGCUCAGACCGGCGCCGGCAAGCCUGCCUCCUCUCCCGAAGCGGUCGCCGCCGCGAACGCUGCUAUUCUCUCUUCCAAGGGCGACAAGGCUGCUGCUCCGGCUGCCGCCCCGGUUGCUGCCAAGGAGGCUGAGCCUAAGAAGCCCGAAGCUGCCCUGAAGCGUGGCGAGGAGCCGCUGCCUAAGUCUGAGGCACCCAAGCCCGAGACCAAGGCUGAGCCCCCCGUGGAGGAGGCUGGCAAGGCCCAGCAAGAGGCUCAGAAGACAUCCGAGUCAGCAGAGCAGACCGAGAAGAAGAAGGGCGGGUUCCUGUCCUGGUUGAAGCGCAAGUUCAAAUAA